AUGGGGGCGCCGCCGCCUAACGGCAGCCUCGGCCUCACCGACAGCCCUCCGCAGCCGGGCGGGGGAGCGGCGGCGGGGCCGGGAGACCGUGGCUGUGAGAAUGGGGCUCUCAUGGACAGCUUCGGCAUCUUCCUGCAGGGGCUCCUGGGCGUCGUGGCCUUCAGCACCCUCAUGCUAAAACGCUUCAGAGAACCAAAGCAUGAAAGACGUCCCUGGAGGAUAUGGUUUUUAGAUACUUCCAAGCAAGCCAUAGGAAUGUUGUUCAUCCACUUUGCAAAUGUCUAUUUAUCAGACCUUACAGAAGAAGACCCUUGUUCACUGUAUCUUAUCAACUUCUUGCUGGAUGCCACACUAGGAAUGCUGUUAAUCUAUAUUGGGAUUCGCGCAGUCAGCAGCAUUGUGGAAUGGCAGCAGUGGGAGUCCCUUCGCUUUGGAGAAUAUGGUGACCCACUGCAGUGCAGUGCUUGGGUGGGCCAAUGUGCUCUGUACAUAAUGAUCAUGACAUUUGAGAAAACCAUCAUCAUUAUAGUGCUGCUUAUACCUCAGUGGAAAGAGGUAGCUUUAUUGAAUCCUAUAGAGAACCCUCAGCUGGAGCUGGCUAUCGUCAUGCUGAUAGUGCCCUUCUUUGUUAACGCAUUGAUGUUCUGGGUGGUAGAUAAUUUUCUUAUGAAGAAAGGGAAGACAAAAGCUAAACUUGAAGAAAAGGAAGCAGGCCAAGAUUCAAGAAACGGAAGCAAAGUCCGAUACAGGAGAGCAGCAUCGCAUGAGGAGUCAGAGUCAGAAAUCCUUAUUUCAGCAGAUGAUGAGAUGGAGGAAUCAGAUGCUGAAGACGACCUGCGUAGACUGACCAACUUAAAGCCCAUUAAGAAAAAGAAGCACCGCUUUGGUCUGCCUGUAUGACACAUUCCCUGACCUGUGCAUUUGCAGGUUUCAUGGCAAAAAACUUCAGUCAGUGGGUUUUAAUGUUGCAAUUGCAUCUCCCUUUUCAUACAAACUGACUUAAAAUCAAGGUCUACCAACAGAAUGCAAAGGGUUGGAAGACUUCCAGUUCAGUUGCACUACAGACACACUGACCAAUUAUGCAAGAAUGUCUUGUCAUCACCUGGGAAGGCCACAGCCUGGCUGAGGACUGGGUGCUGAGGGGAUUUGUAUCUGACCUUUCAGAGAAGAUCCGAGGAAACAGACACAGCAAUCCUUCGCUUGUGGUUACUGGUGAUGCAGAUUAAGAUGUUCUCACAAAGGCACCAGAGUCAGCUAAAUUAAAGGAGUGUGUUUUCUUACUAAAACUGGCUUUUGCAGCAUAAUUCCUAGAGCAGAACAGUUUAUGGUUAC